CGCUUCCCCAGCUGCCGCGCGGCGGCUCCUCCUCGGCGGUCUCGGGGCGGCGGCGGCGGGCACUUCCCCCCGGGGUGGGGGCUCCGCCUCCUCCCGCGCCGGCGCCCGCAGCCCGAGGUGCAGCAGCAGCAGCAGCACGCUCCCGGCUCGGCUCCUGGGCAGGAGGGACUAGUGGGCAGCGCCGGGCCGCGGGAGGGGGUCCUCCUUCGCCCCGCCGGAGAGAGGCAGCAGAGCGCGAGAGACGCCGUCGUGCCUGAGCAUCGAAAGAUGCCAGUGAGUCUUUCCACAGCCCUGCGUGUUUUUGGGACCAGCCUCUUUGCCACGGCGGUGCUGGGGGGCAUCCUCGCCGCCUACGUCACGGGCUACCAGUUCAUCCACACCGAGAAGCACUACCUCUCCUUCGGCCUCUAUGGGGCCAUCCUGGGCCUGCACCUCUUCAUCCAGAGCCUCUUUGCCUUCCUGGAGCACCGGCACAUGCGCCUGGAGGGGGGGCGGCACCCCCCGCUGAAGCUGCAGGCCUCCGUGGCCCUGUGCAUCGCUGCCUACCAGGAGGACCCCGACUACCUGUGCAAAUGCCUGCGCUCCGUCCAGCGCAUCUCCUUCCCCGGCCUCAAGGUGGUGCUGGUGGUGGACGGCAACGGGGAGGAUGAUGCCUACAUGAUGGACAUCUUCAACGAGGUCAUGGGCUCCGAGCGGACCGGCUGCUACGUCUGGAAGAGCAACUUCCACGCCAAGGGCAAGGGCGAGAGGGAAGGCAGCUGGCGCCGGGCCAUGCAGCACGUCCAGGACCUCGUCCGCCACAACACCUACUCUUGCAUCAUGCAGAAGUGGGGCGGGAAGCGGGAGGUGAUGUACACGGCCUUCCGCGCCCUGGGAGGCUCUGUGGACUAUGUGCAGGUCUGCGACUCGGACACCGUCCUGGACCCGGCCUGCACCGUGGAGAUGCUGCGCCUCUUGGAGGAGGAUCCCCGCGUGGGGGGAGUUGGCGGCGACGUCCAGAUCCUGAACAAGUACGACUCCUGGAUCUCCUUCCUGAGCAGCGUGCGCUACUGGAUGGCCUUCAACGUGGAGCGGGCCUGCCAGUCCUACUUCGGCUGUGUCCAGUGCAUCAGUGGGCCCCUGGGCAUGUACCGCAACGCCCUGCUGCAGCGCUUCCUGGAGGACUGGUACCACCAGACCUUCCUGGGCAGCAAGUGCAGCUUCGGGGACGACCGGCACCUCACCAACCGCGUCCUGAGCCUGGGCUACCGGACGAAGUACACGGCCCGCUCCAAGUGCCUGACCGAGACGCCCACCCGCUACCUGCGCUGGCUGAACCAGCAGACGCGCUGGAGCAAGUCCUACUUCCGGGAGUGGCUCUACAACGCCCUCUGGUUCCACAAGCACCACCUCUGGAUGACCUACGAGUCGGUGGUGACCGGCUUCUUCCCCUUCUUCCUCAUCGCCACCGUCAUCCAGCUCUUCUACCGCGGGCGCGUCUGGAACAUCCUCCUCUUCCUGCUGACGGUGCAGCUGGUGGGCAUCGUCAAGGCCACCUACGCCUGCUUCCUACGCGGCAACGCCGAGAUGAUCUUCAUGUCCCUCUACUCCCUGCUCUACAUGUCCAGCCUCCUGCCGGCCAAGAUGUUUGCCAUCGCCACCAUCACCAAGUCGGGCUGGGGCACCUCCGGGCGCAGGACCGUCGUGGUCAACUUCAUCGGCCUCAUCCCCGUCUCGGUCUGGGUGGCCGUGCUGCUGGGCGGGCUGGCCUACACCGCCUACUGCCAGGACCUCUUCACGGACACGGAGCUGGUCUUCCUCGUCUCGGGGGCCAUCCUGUACGCCUGCUACUGGGUGGCGCUGCUCACCCUCUACCUGGCCAUCGUGGCUCGGCGCUGCGGCAAGCCCCCGGAGCAGGACCGCCUGGCCUUCGCGGAGGUGUGAGGCUGAGUGCCGGGGCCACCGAAGACUUGGCAGUGUCUGGCCCGUGUCGCUGUGGGGCUGCAGGAGGGCUGGCCCCAUCCUGCUGGGGACACGGUCUCGUUUUGAAAGGGCCGUCUGGGGAGCAAGUGGGCACGCAAGGGAGUCCGACAUCUGACCUCGUGGGAUGGAGACUGCCGUGCCCCGCUGGCCUUGUUCCUGCCCAAGGGAGUGCCGAAGCCUCACGGGCUCCUGGGGUGACCACGCUGGCUGGCUGGCUGGGGGAACGGCCUUCUCUCCAAGCUGACCUGCCACUCUAUGCAAACGGCUCUGCCUCCUACGGAACAGCCCGGCGCAGGAGGGACGGGAGGCGGCUUCCUGCACGCGCCAAGGCAGGGGGCUGUCUUCCUUGGCCAUGAAGCUGGGGCAGUCGCCUCUUGGGAGAGACCUGUUGAAGAAGGUAUCUUCCUGUGCCUAGUGAAGGUGAGCCCUUUGCGGGGUUGGGUUCUCCUUAAAGGGGGCUGCUUUAAGGAGUCCACAAGGUCGAUGUCUGCUUUCAGGUGAUAAAGAAGCAGAAUUUGGGCCGCUGACACCAAGGGACUGCCUUCCGAGUCUUGGAAGUUCUCCAAGGUGAGCCCAGCACAGCCCGGUGUGGCCGUCUCCAGGGCUGGCCUGGUGGUGUGUGGACGUGAUGAGUGGGCCACAAAGCGGGAGUGGCCUGGGGUGGUCUCCGGCUUGCUCUGGACUUCUGAGCUGGGCCACCUACCUGGGCCUUUGCCCCACACCCUCCUUGGUGCACCACCAAUCGCUCCUGCCCCCCACCAGGUCACUCUAGGCCCUGCUGGCUGUAUGGGUGCUGGCUGCAUUCCUGCCGCCCGCCUGCCCUUGGCCUCCCCAGCAGGGAGAGCAGGCUCCGGAGAUGGGCCAGGCCCUUUCCAAAGCCAAGGAGCAGCUUAACGCUGUGAAUCAGGCUGGCAGGCAGUCUGCCUUCCCCCCUUCCUGUCGGCCUCUUGGCCGGUGCCUCGGGACCCUCUGGUGCUCCCCCAACAGACUCUCCCCCCCGGUGCUGUCCCAACACGGCCACGUUGCUGCUUUCCCCACUCCCAGGAAAAGAGAAGUGGGGAGGGGGGAACGGUGCUGUUUCAUGGCCACCCAGUCUGCCUGCCCCGUUCUGGGUUCUCAACCUGCAUCUCGGUCAGGUCUCUUCUCCCACCUAGUCCUGAGCCCUUAAACACCUCCCAGCCGCCACCUGUGUGUGUGUUGAAGCAGGGCUCCUCCUCUAUGCAGAAGACCUAGAGCUGUGGGGGUGGAGACAGCUUGGAUGGCAACCUCAUGCAGCUGAGGGGUGUGUGUGUGUGCAAUCUGUCCUUCCCUUCUUGCUGUUGGGCGAGGCGGGCAGGGUGGGGAUACCUCGGACCCUCGUCCAUCCUUUCUGGGGUCUCCAGAAGCUGUUGGGCUACAACUCCCCUUACCUCCAGCUCCCAGGGCCAACCCUGGCUCUAGCAAAUCCAGUCUGUUCAUCCCGGGGGUGUACAUAGAGGGGGGGCCCCAUGCCUUCUCUUGCCCCAGAUGGGCACAAUCUGGUACCUGGUGCAGAACUUGUAUUCCCGACAAUGGCAGCUUCCACUCUUUUUUGGGGGGAAACAUCAAAAAGGAAGUUUGUAACAUUUGUAUUUUUACAUGCCUUUUGAAAAGACGCGAAUGCAAUAUUUGCAGAAUAUUCCAGCGGGUGCUUGGAUGGAGUUCCUUGAGGAAUGCCUUUCCUCAUUUCUCUGCCGCUACCUCUCCUUGGGCUUCCGUGCUGCUCUUUCUCCUGCGCCUGAAGGGUAAGCACUAGUGCUGGGCUCUGCACCCCUUUCCAAGCAGGGGCCACCUUGUCAAAAGCCCUUCUGUAUGAGAGCCAUUUCUCACCAAACGGACCUCUACAUGGUGCUGCGAUUUCCCCUUGAAGAGCAACAGAACUUUGUUGGGCCCCAGUGCUUAGAAGGUGUGCACGGAGUCCUGGGAGGUGUAGUAUUUCCCUGUGCUUUCCCCAUAGAGCCCUGUGAGGAAAGCACUAGGAAAGACUACAGUGCCUUCCAAGAGAGCUCCGCUUUCCCCAGGAGAACCCCACUGGCGCUGGGCAAAGCACUGUGCCAUGGGAACGGCCCCCGCUGUGUGGUGUCGGGAGGCGUUGUGUGGAGUACUCCGCUCUGGCCGGAGCUGCACACAAACCAAAUGAACAGUUGUUUGGGGAGCCGGGCUCAGGGUUCCAGCUCCCCAUGCUGGAAACCUACCAGCCCCCUUGGUUCUCUUGCUUGGCGUUCUCACCCUUGACAGACAGGACACCUGUUCCCUCUCCCAACCAGCUCAAGUGGGCCCUUGCAGAAGGGGUCACCACCUCCGGACUUCCCCUGCCAGUGGGCGGUUGCAGAGAAUGUAGAAGUAACCCGUUCUGAUCUAGUCUGCUUAGAGCAGAGGCAUUUAUCAUCACCUCCAGACCAAAGAGGUUCUUAUGAGCAUGCUCACCCAUUAAGUAGGAUCCCUCUAUGACAUCCCCCUUAAGGAAAAAAAAAAGGGGGGGGCCCAAAUCAUCCCUGUCAUUCACAAAGUCCACGUUAAAGAAUCUAGAAUUCUGCAACCGGACAAUUCAAAUUCUGCAAUUUUAUUUUAUUGGUAAACUGGCUGACUUGCAUGGUUUGCUUCAGAUAUGCAAUUUGGGGUUUUUGAGCAGCGGAUUGGGGGGAGGGAGUCUUUUCUAAAUGGGAUUUUUUGCUCCAAAUCCAAAAUGCCCCAACUGACCAGCAGUGCUUGUUUUGACCAUGCUUGUUUUGAACUAAAAGAAAGCCAAGCAGCUGCUCAGGACCCCACAAGAGAGGCUUCUGCAUUGACAGGGUAUUCUGUGCUUGGAUUCAGGGGAGGCCUGCUCCACCUUCUAGCUUUUGUGUUCUUCAGGGGCCCUAUCCUGACGUGUUCCCUUGCAGCCCUUUCUUUGGAGGCUGGCACACUGUGGUCUACCUUGUCUUGCUGCUGCUGCUGCUGCCUUGACUUCUUCUUCCACACCAGAGCCGUCCCUCCUUCCUUCGCUUGAGCCCACGGCGCCAAUUCCUGCCCCUUCCCACACCGAGCCUGAACUGUGCCCACUUUGGCACCUGCCGAUCUCUGCCUCUCGGUUUCAUCCGAGGCAGCAGGGAUAGGAAAAGCAGCCUGUGGUGUGGAGGAGCAGGGCCAUGAGGCGGGUGGGGAAAGGGCUGGUCGACCCUGCCAGCAUGUCUUCGAGACGGACCUGGCUGCUCUGCGGAGGGACUGUAAGAGGAGCAAGGGUGAUUCAGGGCGGCGGCUGUUGCUGCUCUGGAGUCUGUCCUGUGUUGUCUGCAGCCAUCUAGGAAAGGCAGCGGCUCCUAGGAUGUGGGGCCCCUCCAUGCAAGAUGCAGGCUGGAACUAGACUGCCCCAGUUGUGGGCCUGAGACAUCCUCCCUUCUUUCCCUCCAGCAUGCCAUGUGAGUGAGAGAGCGAGCAGGAAGGGCUGGCCCCCCACUGCUCUGCCUCGUAGGGCUCCUGCCAGGUGAGGAAGGGAAGGUUCCAAGGGUGCCCGCUGGCCCUCGGAGGCAAAUUGGGCUAGGAGGGCUUGCAGCCCAUAUGUGGCUGCCUUCUUUGGCUUCCCCACAUGGGUCUCAGAGCACAGACAGGGCUGAUCAGCGCUGGGGGGCUUGUGGCUCUGGUGGCCCACCCCCCACAACACUGUGACAAAAGGUGGGGAGCUGCCCCCUCCUGCCGUGCUUCCUUGGGAACGUCUGCAAGGCUGCUGCUGCCCCCCAGCGGCCUGAGCUGGUCCCAGGCAUGGGGGUGGGGGGGUGCCUGGGCCUCGGCUCCAACCGUUUCUCCGCUCCGGGCUGCCUGUCUGCCUUUUUCUACAUUGAUCCCUUUGGGUUUCCUUAUUUAAGAUGAGGUUUGUAGGAUUUUUUGUACUCUUUUGGUAAUGAUACUAGUUGACUGCUUAAAGUUAUUUGUAAGCGUAUUUAUUUUUUACCUGCAUUUUCGUAUUUUUUAAAAAGGUCAAGGUUUGGGUUUUUUUACAACAAUGAGUUUGUAACAAACAACAUUAACAACAAUAAUAAAAAUACCUUGUGAACAGGC